GUCUAUUCCCCCCAGGUAGCGAUGUCGAAUCAACCUCCUGCCGCGCACCACCGGAACAAUCCCCCAGUGACCAAUGGCCAGCAGCCAGCCCACGGGACACCACACGACACCGAGACAUCCAGCCAAGAUGGUUGGGCUGGCAUGGCGUUCAACCGCACAAUAAUCGAGGGAGGACAUUUUGCUGGAAACGGCAUCUACAGGAACUCGCACGUCCAUCUCGAAGGACCGUACCAUCCCCUGGCCAAUCGAGACCAUAAAGUGAUACAAAUGAAUGACGUCGUCAUGACUGGCGGGAUAGUCGCCGCAAGAGAAAUCUACCAGAACACCAGCCUUUCCUACAAUGUGACUACACAAUCGAAUGGCUCCCAGCAAGUCGCCCCAGCUACGGGAGAAGCGUUGAUUAUAAACAACGAAACCGUUACGGAUGGAAACUACGCGCCAGCGGUGUUUGGGGCGGAGUCGAGUGUCCUAUCGGACGACGUUGCGAGGAUCCAUCGUCCUGUCCGUAGGCCCGGAGCCACAUUGAACCUCAAUGGAACGACAGUGAGCGGUGGAAUCAUCUGCGGUGGAAGGGUGAUUCAACAGACAAGGAUCGCAGUCGAAACGCCGUCAGACCAGUACUCAGCGGGAUAUGCCGCUGUGCCCGCGGCCGCUCCUGCUCCUAGUACCCGCCGAAUUGAGAACUGAGCUCCCGUAGCUCGGUGCAGUGUCCUGGUCUCUCAUCGUGCUGUAGUCUCCUAAAUCAUGCUGAAAUUUGUAUGUUAGUCUGUAUAAAUCGGUCUCUAAUUACCAUCGUGCCCCCUCACA